AGUUGGCUGGGCCGCGUUGGCAGAAGCACUGUUGAUGUGGGCAAAGGUUUCUCAUGUCGUCAUAGAGACGCUACUGUUUCAAAAGCUGUUUCUGACUCACUGAUUCACACUAAUUAACUGCCGCACACUUUUAUUUGGGGAGAGACCUCAGAGUGCAGCUCCACCUUUUCUAAAUUUACUGCCAGUGUGGGUGAAUGCGGGCGCUACCACGGAGCUAGUGGACGCUAAAGUCGUUAAUAUAACAGCAGGUUUAUGGUGAAACAAUGGAGCUUCCUCAAUACAUGGUACUGAGGUUGAACUCGAGUCCAAACUCCCGUUCUGGACGAUGCUCAGGAUUCAGAAUAAGAGGUCGGGUCUUUGCAGAAUAAUGACGGGAGAAAUAAUAAUAAUGAAAGGAGGUUGUUUUUUUAGGACAUUUGCACUUUUAGUUUCCAUUUUCUGAAAAUGAGCACUUGAGUUUUGUUUUGAUUCAUGUUAAGUUUUAGUUUCCUAUAAAUGAAUCAAACAACAGUUCCUAUGAACGUUGACAGCAGCAGCGACACUUUCCUGAGGUUCAUUAAUCCUCCACCAGCACAGACUGUGGAUGGACUCUCUUUAUUCAGAGAGUUACUGAGAGUUAAAGGCUGUACACUGACUGAGCAGGGAGCUAGCUAAUGCUAACGGUGGCUAGCUGUUUGUAAACACAAGCUUCGGCACGUGACGAGGAAGGCGGACAACAACAACAACAACAACAACAACAACAACAACAACAACAGCAGCAGCAGCAGCAGCAGCAGUGUGAGUCCACCGACAGCUGCACGGGGAGCGGCCCCGGUCUGAAUCUUACCUUCGGUUGGAAACAACCGCCGCUGCUAACGGUUGUUGUUGUUUCACAGGAAGAGCGACGUGACGGCCCGCCCUCCUCUGCCUCUGAUUGGCUCAGCGCAGCUCCGACCAAUCAGAGCAACGACGGCAUCGAGGAGUAGCCAAUCGGGGGCCGAGGAGGGCGGGUCCUGAUUUAGCCUCUGCGUCAUCAUCACACUACACAGCAGAUCGACUCCGAUCCAUCCAGCCAUCUCAACUAUUAAUUUGAACCAUGUGGAACUGGAACUGGAUGUGGAACUGGAUGUGGAACUGGAUGUGGAACUGGAUGUGGAACUGGAUGUGGAACUGGAACUUGAACUGGCGUGCCAAUGCACAACCUGGAGCAGCACAAGGCCCAAACCUCUGGAAGCAGAGGCUGAGAGCGUUGCGCGAUGAAAAUCGUGCGCUUGGGAUUGCACCUGGUGUUGUUAAAGUUAAGCAACAGGAAAUCCCUCCGCCGCAGGUUGAGAUCCCAGUUGUGAUUAAGUGGGGUCCUGCUGACAAUGCCGCUGUCUUUGCACAACUCGUGGCCACUGGUGGAGUGCUUCCAUGUGUCUUCCAAAACUGCAACAUUGCCCCAUUCACCGCGAUCAGGAUGAACGGCCUCGAGCUCGGGAUUACGGAUCUGGCAUUGGCAGGUGUCCUGUCUGCGAUGCGGUUUGAGCAGAGUCAAGCGUCACAUGCGAGACAGCAGGUUAUUGCCGAAAUCUUGGCUCCAAUAUUGCCUCCGACCAUGUGCAUGGAACAAGCUGCGGCUGUGGUUGAGUUGAAAAAACUGGUUGACAAUGAGCGCCGCUUGAAUAAUGAAGCCUGGUUCUAUAACAUCAUUGGGAGACUCCCAGUCGGUGAGGGUGGGGUAGUCGAAGGGUGCUGGCAUCUUCAGCAGAGGCAUUGGGUCCCUGGAACUAAUUUGGCACAAAAGAUGGCUUUGCUACUGGCCAUCAUGAAGCACCCAGAGUCCAGGCAGCGAGGUCGGAUCGUGUACUGCAUCGUCAUCAUGCUGAUUUCCUUUGCGACCCGAGGCACUCUGUCUAAGGCCAAACAGCAGCGCAUUCUGAACGAGUUACGUCCGUUGAUGCCAGCUGUGGUUGAGAUGUAUGCAGUAGGUGAUGUAAGGCUGACAUACAUGAACUUUCGCCAAUACAUCCAUGAUGGGAAUGUUCAUGAGAUUCUCCAAAGAUGGUUGAAGCUGGUUCCUGGGGCUGCCAUCAGGCUCAAAGUACUGUUGGCAGAAGCUACCGGAUCCGGACUCAAAUCAUUGGACAUUGCAGCUCAGGCUCUCCACGAGCAUCCUGAUUUUCAGUGGCCCAUCAUUCGCCGGAUGUACCCUCAGCAAUGGGAACAAUAUCGCAAGGCCAUUCGUCAUAUCGAUGGGAAGGUGUACUAUGGCUUUCGUCGUGACCUUGGUGUUGUGAGAGCUGCCCUAUUCCGACAGAUUACAUGGGUCGGAUAUGAAUUGUUGAUUGCUUGCGGGAACCAAAAUCUGAGAGGCUACAGAGGGAUAGUACCUGAUCCUGCCAACAAGCAAAUCAUCAAGGAUCUGAUCAGUGAAUACCUGGACUCCAUCAAGGCUGAUCCUGAUAUGGUGAAUCCCGAGUGGGGGGAUGAGGAGGAGGAUGCUGUGUGUAUGGCGAUUCGAGAGACCCGUGGGUUGCCUUCUGUUGCUACCAACCUUGCUCGCAUGGAUGGGCACGCCGGUCCAAGGGUGCGUAUAACAGGAAGGAGCCGCAGAUGCCACAGAUCAUGAAGAGGAUGAUGAGGGGGGUGCGUGAGAAGGUCAUGAUUGGGGCUUGACAUGAACCGUGCUGUUACUAUAAGCAGACCAUUGGAGAUAAUACAAUAACCAAACUCCAUUAUAAUCUUUUUCUCUUUUUUUGUGCUUCUUGGCUGUAUUUCCUACCCUGAAGUGGUGGAAGGAAGCUACCAGGAGCACCAACUCAAAUAACACUCAGUAAUGAACUCAUGCUUUUGUUGUUGUGGUUGCUUAUAUUUUCGUUGGCCCCGACAGUAAUUCCAUCCUGUUUAUGUGUUUGGAUUUCUAAUCACGCAGUUCUUUAAUUGAUUUUCAGGCUACUUUCUAUCAGAGACUGUGUCCUACUUUAGUAACUACAUAAAUUUCUGUUUUAUAAUUAAAAAUGCAAUGUUAUUAA